GCGGUAGCGAAAAGAGAAGGCACCAGAGGAUUUAGAGUUGUCUGCCUCACCUGCCGAAGCCAAAGAGGUGAAGGAUCGAAAGAAGCUCAUCAUGAAGAAGAAAGCCUCCGGUCGUUCCAUGAGCUUUUUGAACUACCUUUUCGAGUUGAGAUAUCUCAAAAAUGGAAAGAGCUUCCAGCUGAAGAGAAGGAACAGUAUGUAGUGACUGAUCGAUGUGGUCAGUCAUCAGUUUCUGAGGAAGAGUUACUUGAGUUGGUUCGGAUUGAUACCCGUUGCUCUCCAGACCGCUUCAGGUCUUUGGUUGCAGACUUUAGCGAUGAGAAAAAGGCAGCCUGUUCAGCAAUUGGAUUUGAUGUGUUGUUGAAGAUGUCAGGAAGGAAAAUUCACCACUCUAUGUUGCAUGUCCUUGUGGACUACGUAGACCCCAAUGCAUGUACUAUAACUAUGCACGGAAAGAAGAUUGAAAUGGAUGCAAGUGACUUUGAAAAUGUGAUGGGGUUGAAGAAUGCUGGGUCCGAGGUCGACUUUAAAGGUUCCACUAAUGAUCACCCUGAGUUGAUGGCGAUAAUAAACUCCUUGUGUGGGAAGGAUAAGAAGAUCAGUUUCAGGGACGUGCAGAACUACCUGAAGGAUACAGAAGAAGUUGACAACAAGUUCAAGCGCCUGUUUGUGUUGUUCACAAUGAGCACCAUCCUUAGCCCAUCUGCCUCACUGACAAUACCAAAGAAGUGGCUGCUGGCCCUGAAGGACACUCGCCUGAUUAGCUCUUUAAACUGGGCUGAUUACUCAUUCAAAUGUUUGAUGGAGGCCAUCGUCAGUUUCAAAAAAACUCUCAGUCCUAUUGUAGCGGUUGUGUCCUGUUUCUGCAACUGUUCUAUUUUGAUCGUGUUUCACAUGGGAAGACCAUUGUGGACAAGUCCUUGUACCCAGUUGAAGCUUGGGGGGACCAUGAAACGGGCAAACUGCUCAAAUGGGUGAACAAGCAAGGUGGUUUGCUGGAUGAAAAUGUUCUUGUGGCAAAGGUUGGCGAUCGUGUUGGUAGUGGAGAUCAGGCCAAAGCAUAUGGGGUGAUUAAGAAAGAAAUGUCUGACUUGGCUGCUAAAGUGAAUGGGUUGGAAAAUAAUAUGUGCAAUCUGAGAGAUGAUAUGAUGGGAAAGAUGGACAAAGUCUUGAGUAUGCUGAACACUCUGACUGCACAAAAUGUGAAUGUCAAUCAGAACCUUCAAACUGAUGGCUUAGCAGAAAAAGUAAGCCCCAAGAAAGUUUCAAAAAAGAAAGCUGGAGAGCAACAGGAGGUGUUACAGGUACAUGGGGAAGACUUGCAACCAAAAAAGAAGACCUCCUUGAUUUGCCUAUCUGACUCAACAUCUGUAGUCAGCCCACUGAAAAGUAUGAAGAAAGUUGAUGCCAACCCCACGACCAAGAGUAACAUAGAGAAGAUUGGUAACUUCAAAGUCAAGGGAGAUCGGGAGGAGGCUGACAAAGGAGUGCUCAGGUUUGUUUAUGAUGUGUCAGCUGAAGAGAAGGAGACCAUUGUGGAUAGUUAAAAUUUCUUCACUAGUCGAAAAGCAGUUUGGUCACUUAAACCUAACAGAUGGGUUGAAGAUGAUAUUAUCAAUUUGUUUAGUGACUAUCUAUUUCUAGGACUCUUCCCAAGCAAUAGAUGUUGUUACUUCACAACAUACUUUUGUCAGAAGAUGAAAAGUUACAAUGACAGAGACAUGUGUGGAGAUUCGGCAAGGGCAGUUUUGAAGGGUUUGGGUGUAAAGAGAUUUGAGAAUGGCAUACCUGAG